CCAAAACCCAAACCUUUGUCGCCGAUUUGUGCUAAAGUCUCCGUCUUGAAAUGCAGAGCGUCCGUACAAACCCUCGUCGCCACCGAGCCAGAACCGGUCUUCACCUCCGUCAAGACUUUCGCGCCGGCGACCGUCGCCAAUCUCGGCCCCGGAUUUGACUUCCUCGGUUGUGCCGUCGAUGGCCUCGGUGACCACGUCACGCUCCGCGUGGAUCCCAGCGUCCGCGCCGGCGAGAUCUCUAUCACCGACAUCACCGGCACAACCACCAAACUCAGCACGGAUCCUCUCCGUAAUUGCGCGGGAAUCGCCGCCAUUGCCACCAUGAAGAUGCUCGGGAUCCGAUCGGUGGGUCUGUCUCUGGCUCUGCACAAAGGCCUCCCAUUGGGUAGUGGCCUGGGCUCGAGUGCCGCAAGCGCUGCCGCAGCCGCCGUGGCGGUGAACGAGAUCUUCGGUCGGAAACUGGGUGACAAAGAGCUGGUCUUAGCCGGACUGGAGUCGGAAGCCAAAGUCUCCGGUUAUCACGCCGACAACAUCGCGCCGGCGAUCAUGGGUGGGUUCGUUCUGAUCAGAAGCUAUGACCCACUUGACCUAAAACCCUUGAGAUUCCCCGCGGAGAAGGAUCUGUUCUUCGUGUUAGUGAGCCCUGAGUUCCAGGCUCCGACCAAGAAGAUGAGGGCAGCGUUGCCUUCGGAGAUUCCGAUGGUUCACCAUGUCUGGAACAGUAGCCAGGUGGCGGCUCUGGUGGCGGCGGUGCUGGAGGGAGACGCGGCGAUGCUCGGGAGGGCGCUGUCAGCGGACAAGGUGGUGGAGCCGAAGAGAGCGCCAUUGAUUCCUGGGAUGGAAGCAGUGAAGAAGGCGGCUUUGGAGGCCGGAGCUUUCGGCUGCACCAUUAGCGGCGCCGGGCCGACAGCGGUGGCGGUUAUCGACUCAGCUGAGAUGGGAAAGGAGAUCGGACAGAGAAUGGUCGAAGCAUUCUUUAAAGCUGGGAACUUGAAGUCGACUGCUUCUGUGACGAAGCUUGAUAAGGUCGGUGCUAGGCUUGUCAGCAGCAGCAACUCCGAUUGAUGUUUGUUUCAUUUUAUGGCAUUGUUCUGUCCCAUGGCACAGAUCUUUACUUGUGGAAUAAAACUAGAUUUUCGUUGUCCGGACACCAAUUCCACGCCAGGGAUAUAGGUUUGAACUUGAACCGAGUGGAAAGGAAAGUAGGUUGCUUA